AUGCCACCUUCAAAAUCGGUCGCUGCCAACGAUCCUUCGGCUCCAGACCUGCAAAUCGUCGGCAAGCAGCUUACAAUCCAUCCGUCCGGCUUCACUGGUGGUCCAGAAGCUCAGAAUGAGGGCGUCACUGAGCGCAACCUGAUUCAAAACUAUACCCGCUUCCGCCAACGCCCCCUUGACUUCCUUCGUGAAGUGAGUCUGUACAUGUCCGGUACCGGAUGGCGCGCAUACGAUGAUGUGAUCGGCCAACCCGUGUUCUACUCGGGGUACUCCGAGAAAAUUAAAUCCACCAUCUUGGGUAGCCCCAUGUUACAAAACAAAGUCCGAGAGCUUGCAAGCACUCGACUUGCCGUUGAGGAGAAGGAGGGACUGGUAGAUAUCAAGGAAGGAGACACAUUCUACCAGAAGCGAGCGCGACGCCGACAUGAGAUCGAAACUGGUCUCAGAGAGGUGGUAGACGAUAUGAUGGACAAUAUGAUCUGCAAGAUGGAGAGCAAGUCAUUCAUUCGAGGCGCGUACUAUCUGGCAACGCAACUUCUGACUCGCGCGUACCAUCAAGGCAUUCAUGUGUCCAGUGAAGAAGUCUUGCGUUUGCGUUCAGUCGCCCAGGAGGCAUCCACGAAGAAGCAAUCGAUCGUCUUUCUUCCCUGCCACAAAUCCCAUGUGGAUUAUGUUUCUCUGCAGGUUAUUUGUUAUCGUCUGGGGAUUGCUCUGCCCGUCGUUGUCGCAGGCGAUAAUCUGAACAUCCCUCUCCUAGGACCUUUCUUGCAACAUGCAGGUGCCAUGUGGAUUCGGCGCAGCUUCGGAAAUGACCCAUUGUACCAUACUGUUGUGCAGGCUUACAUCGAUUCAAUGCUUCAAGAAGGUUACAAUUUCGAAUGUUUCAUUGAAGGUGGCCGUUCGCGAACUGGGAAAUUGCUAUCUCCGAAAUUCGGAAUCUUGAACUUCAUUGUUGACAGUGUACUGUCUGGUCGAGUGGAAGAUACCAUAAUUUGCCCUGUCAGCACUCAGUAUGACAAGGUCAUUGAGACAGAAUCCUAUAUCAGCGAGCUCUUGGGCCAACCCAAGGCGAAGGAGAACUUGGCUGAUCUUCUAUCUUCGUCAUCAGUCUUAUCCCUUCAGCUGGGGCGAGUAGAUGUUCGAUUCCAUGAGCCCUGGAGUCUACGUGAAUUCCUCACCCAGCAGCUCACGCGUCUGAAUCUUUCGAAAAUCGGCACCAACGCUAAAUUGGCUCAGGGUGAGCGUGGCCGGAUUCUCAGAACACUAGGAUACCGGGUCUUGUCCGAAAUCAACGAUGUUUCUGUGAUGAUGCCAACAGCGCUUGUCGGAACUGUUCUUUUGACGCUCCGUGGUCGUGGGGUUGGCAAAGCCGAAUUAGUGCGAAGAUUGAACUGGCUUUGUGACCGUGUGCGCGCUAAGGGCGGCCGGGUCGCUCACUUCUAUCAAUCGCCCACAGAAACUGUUGUUGACCGGGCCUUGGAUGUCAUGGGACCAAAGCUUGUAGGUGUGAUUUCAGGCUUGGUGGAACCAACCUACUAUGCUGUAGAUCGCUUCCAGCUGUCCUUCUAUCGCAAUAUGACCAUCCACCUUUUCAUAACCGAGUCACUAGUCUCUGUUGCGAUGUACACCAAGAUCAAGCAGGGUGGUGGGCCUACAAAUCAACGAAUCGCUUAUGAUGCUUUGAAGAACCAGGUUUCUUUCCUCUCCCAGCUCUUUCGCGGUGAAUUUAUUUUCCCGCCUGAAGGUCUGGCUGCCAAUAUGGAGAAAACCAUGCGCGGGUUGGAGAUGGACGAUGUGAUUAAGAUUACUAAGGAUAGCACUGGGACACCACAGUACGUCGAACUCAGUGACUCUGAGCGGAUGUGUGGUCGGGAAAACUAUGAUUUCUACUGCUUCCUAAUCUGGCCCUUCAUCGAGUCAUCAUGGCUCGGUGCAGUGUCUCUCCUUGGACUCACGCCGCCUCUUGACGGAUCGAAAGAUAUUUGGCUUGAUAACAAGAAGGUUCUGGAUAGUGCUCAGCUUCUUGGUAAAACCUUGUACCAUCAAGGCGACCUGUCAUAUUUCGAAGCUGUCAAUAAAGAAACCCUCAAAAACUCCUACCAGCGCUUCGAGGAGGAAGGCAUCAUUCUCGUUGCUAAAGACAAGGAAUCCCGAGCUGGCCCAUCCCUCAGGCUGGCGCCAGAAUGGACCCCGGAGAGGGACCACACAACGGGCAAGGUUCUGCCUCAGGGACGCCUGUGGGACUUUACAGAGUUGAUUGCCCAGUCUCGUCGUGAAGGCAAAAACCGUCGCGAUGGCGCCACAGUUUCCUCGCGUGUCCUAACUAUGUCUGAUACUGUCGGCCGUGAACUGUUUUACAACGCAGCAGCGCCUGCACCCGCAGAUGUCGUCUCCAAGCAGAGACGGCGCCAGGCUAUUGCGACCGAUUCCAAAUUAUGA